AUGAUGUAUUCCAAAGCUGGUAAAAUUUCAAUUGAGUUAUUUCCUUGGAUAUAAUAAAGAGAUGCAAUAAUCAAUGGAGAUAAAAAAAAAACUUAUGAAUUUUCAAUCUUUGAUGAUAUUCCUCAUAGUAAACGAACCUAUAAAAGUUUCAAAGAAAAUACUAAAUUAUCACCAAAAGAAAACUUUUAACCAAAAGUUUAACCAUUUUCAAGAUAGGUUGGAAGAAUUGAAUCUAAAAAGGAGUUAGAUAGAUAAGGAUUUUAUAAUCCCAAAUAUCAUUUAGUUAAAAGAAGAUCACCUUUAACUGAUGAUCCUGAUCAUUAUAAAUAAAUAAAUAGUGAUCGAUCUUUGUCUUCAAAAACUAUUAAAAGAUCUAUUAAAAUAUAGAAACCCACUUAAAAUCAUUGUUGUGAAACUAGUAAAGAUUAUUUAAACAAAAAGUAAUUGUAAGAAGAAAGAAAACAAAGAGCUUAAGAAUAUCAACCAGAAUUAAAUAGAUUCCCUUUGCCAGAAGGACCAAAUGAACAUAGAUUUGAAUACUAAUAAUACCCUUAAUCAUAAUAUAAUAGAUCUCCAAAUCCAAUUAUUAGACCACGAUCUAGUUCUUCUAAAAUAAAAUUAAAAGAAGUAAAUAUAUAAUUUGAUAAAUGAUAGUAAAAGAAUGGUUAAAUUUAUGAUAUAAAUUACACUGUAAUCUAUCCUAAAUCUGAUAAGAUGAUACCUGUUUUAGAUAAAUUAACACCAAGAUAACCAUUCAAUAAUGAUAAGACAAUAUAUACAUAUAAUGAAACACUCUCUGAUGAUACUCCUAAAAAAAGAAAUAAUCCCUAAUCAUUUAAAUUGGAUUAAUAGAUUUCUAGAGAGAAAGCCAUGAGUUACUAUUCCUCUAUAAAAAGACUUUAUUAUUUAUGA